UUACUACCACGGUUAUUGCCACAAAUCAAGAGGGCAAAGUGAACGGCAUGGGACUCACACCAACUUUAACGAAAUUGAGUUUGGUUCCUACUUCUGCGAAGUUCACGGCCAAGAAUUUCACAUGCAGAUGAUAUACAAACAAGGGAGAAUGGAGACAGAAUUUCUAGGUGCAUCCUGAGUGCUGAAUUGGUUGAUUUUGAAAAACUCAUAGCCUCAAACUCACAACAAAACAUGACAAGCCUUUCGAGGUUUAGUGGCUGCCCUCUCUCUUGCGUCAACCCCGGGGAGAGCAAUACUGAACCCAGCGUGGUGCUGCCACCUUUGGCAGGAGAGCACAUGGGACACCCCACUGGCAGUUCCUUAAAACUCUGCCCCUCGCACAAUUUGCGAGACUACCCCGAGACGAGGUCCAGUGCAUAUGUUGACCAUUCGGUUCCCACUUUUGCAGACUCUGGAUACCCCAGCCACCGCUUAGAGCACAGCCCUAGGGGCAUUAUCAUUGGAGCCAAUCUCUCUGGAGCCGGCAUGCCACCCGUCACUGAUCAACUGGCAUCAAGAGUGAGCCAACAUGGCGGGAUUGGAAGGUAUCAUCGUGACUUUGCUGGCUGCAGAGACAACAGAAGCCAUGCUUUUUUCACGAGUUACCAGGAGCAGGCCCACGCCUCCACGGACGCGUCUCGAGACCUCGGCAGCCAGAUGAUGCUGGGUCUACCUGGCGACCUCCUCACCCGGACUCACCACUAUGGCCAAGCUCUUAACCCCAAGGGAAACGGCCAGCAACUUGUCACACAAUUCCUGGGUCUCUACAAACCCCUCAACAUGGCAAUCCAGCGAGGAGGAGGAGGUGAUGCUUUCCUCAGGUGCUCCAAACAAACAGUGAAGCACGAGCUGGUGUGCAAGUGGAGUGACGGCCAAGAGGGGGCCGGGAAGCUGCCUUGCUCCAGAGCCUUCGGGUCCAUGUAUGAACUUGUCACCCAUGUGACAGUGGAGCAUGUCGGAGGACCCGAGCACUCCGAGUAUGUCUGUCACUGGGAGAACUGCGCGAGGGACAGGAAGCCUUUCAAAGCCAAAUACAAGCUGGUGAACCACGUUAGAGUGCACACAGGGGAGAAGCCCUUUCCCUGCCCCUUCCACGGCUGUGAGAAAGUGUUUGCACGAUCAGAGAACCUCAAGAUCCACAAGAGGACCCACACAGGUGAAAAACCUUUUAAAUGUGAGUUUGAGGGCUGCAACCGGAGGUUUGCGAACAGCAGCGACAGAAAGAAACACUCUCACGUGCACUCCAGCGACAAACCCUACAUGUGCAAGGUCAGGGGCUGCGACAAGUGUUACACCCACCCGAGCUCCCUGCGGAAGCACAUGAAGCUCCACUGCAACAAGGACCACGUCUCCAAAAGCGGAGACGCGCGUCCUGGAGACAUGGGUCACUCUGCGGAGGCCAGGUCAACACGAGUCCCGGAUGGAACUCAGGUCAGCCCCCCUCUUCCCCCUACCUCUACUCAAGAUGUCCCCCUGUCCCCAGAGAGUCGAGACGAGUCGACCCCGAGGUCACGUUUCCAUCACACGUUUGACAGCAGUUUGGACUACUCCGCACACAGGUCACAGCCCCUCUUAGACCCUUUGUUGCUGCAGAGAGGCAGCUACAGGUCCCAGUCCUCCCAGUACCCCUGCGGCCAGACAGGUCACACAUUUGCCCAGAGUUCCAGGACUUUCCCCUCCUCUUCUCCCUUUCAGAAAAGUCUUGUGAACGGAUGGUACACAUGCCACAGUGGCGUGGACAACUUCCAACCAAAGCAGUAUAACAACAUCCCCUCGCUCUGAGGUCCUGCUCUGACUCAGGCGGACGCAUUUUUGGGCCUAUUUUUUUCAUGUUAUACCAUAUAAACACGCAGCUGUAUCUCUAUUACUCUGUGUCUUUGUGAAUGUUGUAUCAGUUAUUAUGUGACACGUCUCGAGUCAUCUUAUAUUGAAAUUGUUGCAUUGUGAAAUGUAGUGAGCUUAAUUUGUUGUUGUGAGGCCUGUCCGGUUGGCUCUGGCUUUAAGCCUGAAGCGCCAUCUCUCACAUGAGCUAUAAGAAACUUAAAUGUUUAUGCAUAAUUGUUCGCUGUGUUACAUUAUUAUGAAAGAUAUCUAUCAUAAUUGAGACAAAAAAAAAGAUGACAAAUCUAAUGUAGCUUAAAUCUGCGCAUUUUGGGUCCUCUGAACUUAUUAGCUUACUGGAAAAUGAAAGGAAAUGCUGAAUGUAUAGCCCUGAUUUUAGGGCUUUUUGUGAAUGUAAACCAGAUGUAAUGUACGUCGGGAAGAUAGAGGCAUUAUUCAUGUAUGUAUGUAUGUCCUAAGAUUAAAUAAAUAUCUGAAAGAUCUUAAAUUGAAGACCUAACCUGUCUGCGCAGUGGGCCUGCAGCAUGAUUUGUCUGUAAUAUGACUGCGCAUGGCUCACAGGGUUACAUUUUUCUCCCUUUGAUUAAGUUCCACUUUUCGAGCCCUUUUUUACUUCACAUUCUUGUUUGUAUUAUCUGUAUUUUUCCCAUUUCUGUGCAAAGUAAGCCCAGUGUGAGCACAAGCUAGUGUUCGUGAUACUAUUAAACGCGUUUAAUUAGCAUACAGUUCUACUGUACAUAAGCACAUUGUAUAAUUAAUUAUGUAUUCUAUAUUUUAUUAAAGUGUCUAUAUUCUCUUUGA